AUGGCUCCUCGUAACCACGUCGCUUCUCAUCCUGACCUUUUCAAGGUGAACUUCCAGGACGGAAGCUUUGCUUCGGAACUUCUUGCCGUUAAGGACUUCAAGAAGGGCGACGUCAUCGCAAGCCUCGAAGGCCUGACACCCGGCCCCAAACGCUACACCUCCGUCCAAGUCUCCCGCGACUCACACAUCGAGCUCAACUCCGACCUCGUCUACAUGAACCACUCCUGUGCCCCCACCGCUAUCGUCGACAUAAAGAACCGUGUCGUCCGUGCAGUCGAGGACAUCCCCACCGGUUCCCCUAUCACCUUCUUUUACCCUUCUACGGAGUGGGAUAUGGACCAGCCUUUCGAUUGUAAUUGUCACGCGAAGAGGUGUUUGGGGGAAAUUAGGGGUGCGAGGUAUAUUCCCAAGGAGAAGGCUCAGGCAUAUUGGUUCAAUGAGCAUAUUGAGGAGUUGCAGAGGGAGGAGGGGUUGGUGAACUAA